UUGGAGGCAGCGGGUGUGUACACCCCCAAAGAGGAGUGAGAUCUCCUGGAUCCAGGCCAAAGAACUCUCUACAAGGAAGUCGUGAUGGAGGAUUUUGGUAAUGAGGUCUGUGCAGCGGGCGAUUGGCAGGAGAGCGAAAGUGAGAAGGAACCUUCUAUUGAAUCAGUGAAGCAAGUAGCAGGACAGCAGACGUUUAAGGAUCCAAAGGCAUCAAAAAGGCAGAAAGCGAAGCAUUCGAAGAACGAGAAAAUCAAAUCCUCCCUUUCCAAGGCGGCCGAAGGCCGUAAACUCCUAAUCCCAAAACAAGAUCCGAAAGGCAAGCGAGGGAUCCAGUGUCCCGUGUGUGCGAAGAUCUUCAAAUGCAGAUCAGACUACAAUCGGCACCGCGUCACCCACACAGGGGAGAAACCGUAUCAGUGCGUGGAGUGCGGAAAGAGCUACAGCGACAGUGGGACUCUUACUGCACAUCAGAGAAUCCACACGGGGGAGAAACCCUACGAGUGUGUGGAAUGCGGGAAGCGCUUCAACAGGAGCGGGACCCUUAAGAGACAUCAGAGAAGCCACGCAGGGGAAAAACCCUACAAAUGCCUCGAGUGCGGGAAAAGCUUCGGACGCAAUUCCAUUCUCACGGCGCACGAAAGAACCCACACCGGCGAGAAGCCCUACAAAUGCCUCGAGUGCGGGAAAAGCUUCAGUCGCAGCAUCAGUCUCAACAGGCAUAAAAAGAAACACGCUCAGGCAGAAACGCCGGAAUGCGUGGAGUGCGAACAGGGGCUGAGCCCGAAAUGCGUGGAGUGUGGGAAGGGCCUGAGUCCGAGCCAGCUCCUUACGGCUCAUCGGAUAAUCUACACAGGGGAGCAUGGGAGCAACCAUGUUAAGUUAUGGAGGGUGGAACGGGCCUGAGACAAGAGUCAGCGCCGGAGAAACCACAUAAAUGUUGAGGGGGGGGGGCUGAAUAUUGCAGCGGAAGACUUAGCAGGACGAGGGAGAUGCCCUAAAAGUGAACAGACUGUGGAAACGGGUUCAGGAGGAAUCCUACUUCACAUCAGAGAACUCACAGGGGAGAAACCCUCUUUGCCAGAAUGUUGUGUUAGAACGGUGUUACAGUGUUGUACAGAAUAUUUCAAGAUUUCUUUUUCCUUUUCUGAAAUCUUUAUAACGGG